AUGCCUGUUAGAGAACUGAAGGGAGAAAGAGAGAAACCCAUCGGUUUCACAAAUCAAUGCACAAUUUCACACCCACACCAUCUAUCUUCACCUACUAAAGGGUUGCUUUGGAAUCGGGUUUUUUUUGGGGUGUUUCGGACGUUACAUGCAUAUGGGAGCAGUGGUUGUGUUGGAUGCUAUAAAAGGCCCGUACUAGUUACUACUGUGGAAGCACCGUCAAAAGGGGUUAUAAUAGUAGGCAGGGCAGUGGAGAAACCUAGUACAUCAGAGGAUUUCUGGACCACCAGCACGCAUGAUAUGGACAACAGUGCUGUUCAAUCGCAAGGAAGUAUAUCUUCAACCAGUCUAACUAACCAAGCCGUGGUUCCUCAUGGCAGUUCUUCCAACAACCCGCCUGAGUUUGUAAAUCAUGGUCUAAUUCUAUGGAAUCAGACUCGACAGCGCUGGGUUGGAAACAAAAAGUCCGAGAAUCGAACACAACAAUUGCGAGAACCUAAAUUGAGAACAACUUAUUCUCUGUGCCUUGCCAAUUUUUUUUGGCUUUGCAGUUGGAAUGCAACAUAUGAAAGUUUACUGACUAGCAACAAGCCAUUCCGUCAGCCCAUCCCUCUUGCUGAAAUGGUAGAUUUUCUUGUGGACGUUUGGGAACAGGAUGGCCUGUAUGACUGA